AUGCCUACACGUGUCAUUUCCAAGGACAUCAAGGACAGGAUUCCGAUUCUUUUCUAUGAGCAAGACCGUACUGUCAAGGAGAUAUGCCUCAUUCUUGGCAUCAAGAAGUCUACUGUCUAUCUCGCUCUCAGCUGGUUUCGCUCCUACGGCAAGCCAUAUAAUCCUGAUGUUCAUCGCAUAGGCAGGAGGCGGAAGCUUGAGCAUACGGAUGUGCGCUUCAUCUGCUUAUUGUUGAAACAGCGGCACUGCAUCUAUCUCGAUGAAAUCCAGGAACAGCUUAGCACGCAUCGUAACAUCACUGUCUCUCUCUCUACCCUCUUUCAUACCCUUCAUACUCUUCACUUCUCACGAAAAACUGUCUCUGCAAAAGCCCUUGAACAAAAUCUGAUGGACCGUGCUAUCUUCAUGAACGAAAUUGCUGACCUUCUCACUAAUCCUGAUCAGCUGAUGUCCAUUGACGAGGUGGCCAGGAAUAGACGAACUUCUUCACGCAAGAUGGGCUAUGCACCAAGAGGGCUGCGUUGUGUGUCCCGGCGA